AUGUUCACAGUUUGUAUUAUUGAAGCACUUGCCACAGAUCAAUCGAAACUGGAAGAUUUACAAUUAAGUCAAGGUUUACAAGCAUUGUCGUUGUUUACUGGAUUGUUGUGCAGAAAGUAUCAAUUCGAUUUGGCUGGUUUGUUACAAUAUGUACUGAAUCAAUUAAAAGUUGGUAAAAGUUAUGAUUUGGCAAUAUUACGUGAAAUUCUCCAUCGUAUGUCUGGUAUCGAUAUAUCGGAAGAAAUGACGGAAGAACAAUUAGAAUCCAUGUCAGGUGGUGAAUUACUAUUGCAAGAAGGUGGUUAUUAUGCACAGAUACGUAACACACGUCGUAAUGCUGGACGUCUUAAAGAUGCCUUGGUUGAACAUAAUUUGAUCAUGCCAUUUAUUUUUUUAAUGGCUCAACAGCGUGAUGCUAUCAUAUUUCUAGAUGAUCCAGAACGUCACUGUAAAUUAGCUGGGCGUUUAUAUGAUCAGUGUCAAGGUACUCUUGUGCAAUUCAUAACAUUUCUUAGUCUUCAAUUAACUCGUGAUGAAAUGCAAACUCAGUGUUUAAAUAUUGACAGAAUGAUGGGUGAAUUUCAUGUUCCAGCUGAUACUGCCUUUUGUUUUCAUCGUAAUCUGUUUGAACAAAAAGUUGCUCGUUUAUUUGAAAGCAAAGAACAAGCAGAAACAAUGAAAUCUGGUGAAAAAUCAAAAUCAUUCAGCAAGACAAUUUUCUCAGCUGCUUCUUUACAUGUGUGCAAUGAAAUAGCUGCAGCUAUACGUCCAUUAUAUCCAGCUCGUGUAUGGGAUGAAUUAGGCAUUGUGUUCUUUAUCACAUUUUGGAGCUUACAGUCAAGUGAUUUAGUUGUCCCCGAAUCCGCCUAUCAACGACAAAUACAACAAUUAAAAGAGCAGAUUCAACAAAUUGAUACGCCGGCUAGUGGAUGGAAUUCAACAAAAAAGAAACGUGAGAUAGAACGUUUAGAAAAUUUAAUUGAACGUCUAACCAAUGAACAAGCUGAACGGGAAGAACAUGUAACACGUGUACGUGCUUGGCUUAUGACUGAACGUGAUAAUUGGUUUCAAACACGAUUAGCUACAAAAACUGAUACUAUUACACAAUUCUUACAAUUAUGUAUAUAUCCUAGAGUGUGUUUCACCGCAACUGAUGCUAUCUAUGCGGCACAAUUUAUGCAUGUUUUGCACCAAUUAAAGACUGCACGAUUCUCUACGCUGAUUUGUUUGGAUCGAAUUUUUAAUGAUAUAACGUUGCCAACCAGUAUGUGUACAGAAAAUGAAGCGCAUCGUUACGGUCGAUUUUUAUGUGCAGUCUUAGAACUUGUGAUGCGUUGGCAUGCCAGUGAAGAAGUGUUCAAUCAAGAAUGUGGUCAAUAUCCUGGUUUUGUUACUGUCUUCAGAAAGACAUAUCAAGGUUUAGAUGCGAAUACUAAACCAGACCAAUUGCAGUAUGAGAAUUAUCGUCAUGUUGUACAUAAAUGGCAUUAUCGUAUUACAAAAGCAAUUGUUGCUUGUCUAGAAUCUGGUAAUUAUGUUCAAAUUCGCAACGCAUUAAUUGUAUUAACACGAAUUCUACCUCAAUAUCCGAAAAUCACACAGUUCGGAAGUGCUGUUGAACGACGUGUAAAUAAACUAAAAGAUGAAGAGAAAGAUCGACGUCCUGAUUUAAAGGCUUUAGCAUUCAGUUAUGCUGGCCUAAUGCGUCCACGUAAAGUUAAAUGGGUUAGUGAGGAAGAAUUUCAUUUGAAAGAAACUAAACCAAUUCGCUCAGAGACGAAUACAAAUUAUUCAAGUAAUCAUCAAAGCAUCAACAGUGGUGUUAACACUAAUCGUACUGUAUCAAAUCCUGACAAUAGUUCCGGAACUACUGUCAACUCAACUAGUUACGGUCAUAAUCCACGUGGACAUUCCGGUUCAAAUCAAUUGACCAGUUUUUCGAAUGCGCCUUCAAAUAUAAACAACACUAGUUGUGGUAUCACCAAUACUAAUACCAGUAGUAGUGGUAGUGGAGGCAACAACACAAUUUUUGUUACUAGCAUCAGUAAUUCGUCUAAUAGUUCUGCGACACUUGAACCUCCACAUAUUUCAGUAUCUGUUCGACGUACUUCAACACAACCACCACCAUCAAAUCAAACUAGUAAAAUCCCAUCCAACUCAACUGUUGCUCCAAGCGGUAGUGUUCUGGAAACACGGUCACGACCUCAAACAGUGAAUGCGUCUAUAACAGCCGUAGAGUCUUCGAAAUGCAAUCCUUCUGGUCAACUCUCCGGGUCUGUGUCACUGUCCUCGGUAACAGCUGUGAGCAAUUCUAGUAGUUCGAAUAAUUUGAGCAAUAAUUCACCUUCCAUUCCAACAACUACCCAAAGUAAAUUACGAUCUAGUCAACGUUUUGAGUCAUCUCUACCACCUCCAGACGAUGAUGUUGCUUCUGUACCGGGACCACAAUCACAUUCAUCGAAACGACGCAGAAUGGAAGCGGCCAGCGCGAAUUUGACUAGUCCUAAUGGGUGCAUUUUAAGUGUGACAACAUCCAAGGUGAGCAAUUGA